GUAUUGAAUACGUGUAACAUCAUAUGGCUUCGGUAUUGAUAUCUUACUUGAAUCCUGAUAUGUCUUGGUUCUUUGGGUAAUUAAAUGUUCUAUUUUUUGUGUGUUCUGAUCCAACAGGAAAAAUUGACGCGUCUGGCGCGUCUGUGGCCCAUGUCACGUGCAACUGCAAAGUUGCCUUUGCAGCUUCCUCAGGCCUUCUCUUCUUCCCCCCUUCCCCCCUCCCCAUCACUGCCUCCCAACUGACUCUAAAUAUCGAUUUCGUUUGCGCCGUUCACUUUGUUUUCGCUCACCAUCUCCCGAUCUUCGAGACGAAAGACUUUCCAUGAUGGACAGGCUUAAAAGAGAAGCGGAGACGGGAUCAUUGAAUGCUCUCUGCAGACUGUCAUUGAAAGUCAACCGGGACUCAACCGUUUUUCCCAGUAUCAUCGCCGCCAUCCGCCAUCAUCUACUGUCUGUCAAUUUACCGACGACAUUUAUCGACCCAGGCUCAGAUUCAGAGCAUCUGAGGAUAUUGAAGAGAGUGCAUGAAAGCCUCAGUGCUCUUAUGAUGACUUUUGCCCACCAUGUUCUCGACAAUCCUCGUAACGUUGCUCUAGUAGCAAAUUUGUGGCCGGACUUGUCUCGCUGGAUUAUCCCAUUUCUUCAAACUUACAUCGUUGAGGUUCCUAACGAUCCAUCCAUCGUCCGUCAUGAGUAUGUUGAGAUCAUGAUCGACUCACACCUACGACUGCUGAAAGGACUAUUCCAAACACCCCAGAUUUCGUCUGCGAUGAAAUCUCCCGGCCUCAUAUCGUGUUUGAUGAAGGUUUGGGUGUCUCUCAUGGCAUCCGGUACGGAGUUUUCCCGGCAGGAGGCGACUAUGCUUGUAAUAAUGGGCUUGCUAUACCAAACUGGCAGCUUGCAUGAUGAUGAAGCCUUCAACGCCGUUACGACAGCUUUGUAUACGACAUCACCAGACAAAGUUACCGCCUCCCUCAUGGGUCUCAUAAACCUCGUACAACAGCCUGCAGCAUCUACGGAACAUGUCAUGAUUUCACUUGCGUUUCUCGAGCACACGACCAACAACUCCCUGACAUUCCGUCGAAACCACCUUGCUCAUCAUUCCAUCCACUGGGUUUGCCGGCUGAUGGAAAGGAUCACGUCGCGCAAGCCUGAUUUCGUCUCAUCCUUCGAGGAAGACAAGGUUCACGUGCCAAUGGUGGGAAUGCUCAGAUCUUGUGCAGGAUACUUAGCGACUUGCUUUGAAGAGGGUUCUCUCAGAGUUGUGCAAGCACUGGAACGUCAUUUGCUUGACUUGCUGUUGAAAUGUAUUCCUUUCUUUUCCACAGAAGACCCGUCGGCACCAUCGCUCCUCUUCUCGACCAUCGUGCAGAUACUCGAUUUGGUUAACUCUUAUCUCAUUUACCGUGGCGUCUUACGAGAAGUUCGCAGAAGCAUGCAGCGGAUACAGCGCUCGGGCCUGGAAGGAAACAUUCAUAUGGGCCCGGAAACUAUCCGAGAUGCAUGGUCUGCAUUGAAGAAGACGGCGGACAAGCGAUGGGCCAUCAGAUGUGUGAUGGUCAAUGAGGAAGUCGAUAAAUGUGAAAACCGGAACUGUCCACCUGAUGGAAUCAAUCAUUCAAAGCGGGCAGUAAAGUGUUGUCAAGGGUGCCAGGCCUCUUUCUAUUGUUCUAGAGAAUGCCAGAAGCAAGCCUGGGUUUCUCAUCGACCUCUCUGCCAGAAGAUUAAAUGUAUGAAGCAUGAUGGGAGCCCCACAAUGAUUUCCGCUAGGGACACUCUCUUCCUGAUCACUGUGGCGGAGAAUGACAUAUACGAACAUCUGGAAGUAGUAAAAGAUCUGCGGGAAAAGAACGAGCAUCAGCUGAAACACCCCUUGGUCAUUUCCCUUGACUACGUCUCGAUUCCCAUGGCCAUCACAAUGAAGUCCGCGGCGGAGUAUAGAGAUCGCGAAAGCGCAUGGGACCGAGCAAUUCAGAAGGUCGAAACACAAGGUGGUCAACUAGUUUUCCUAAGGUACCCUCACGCUGUCAAACCUCGCGAAGGUCUGCUUCGAUUCCAAAUCGACGUUUGAGUUGUUCCGUCCGUAUGAUGACUGAGGUUUUCUUAUCGUGUCGGCACUUUUGCCGUUAGGGAAAUUGUUUCUGUUUCUACCACUCUGGUGUCCUGCGGUGUGCGCGCAUUCACCCUUGAAGUUCUCCUUGACGCUCCACCUUGACAUAUGCAUGUUCCUGUACUCUGGCGUGUCCUAAAAUACCGCCAAUGCUCUGUAAGUGGGAUGGUCUCGCACGCUUACAAUUAUUUCUCCCUGGAGAUGUCUUGACCUCCCAGCUGCUACGUUUUGGUCCUGGUGCUAUACUAAAUAUGUCCGUUUUGAAAUAUCAUUCUAAUCCCAUCUGAUAAGCCG